AUGGGUUUAUCUUACAAGGACGUUACUGCUGUCGGUACCGGGCUAAUCCUGAUUGGUGCUUCGUUUAUCAUGGGCGUUUUCUUCGCCAACCAAACUUACGAUUACAACCUGCUGUUCAACAGCGAGGCCACCCAGGAGCACUUUGAUAACGCUUUGAAACAUUACCAGACUCUUUUCUACACUGCUCCAGCCGUGAGAUACAUCUUACUCGGUGUCGCAUCAAUUGGGCUAAUUGGCGGCCUUAUCCGGGUCUAUAAGCCUAAUCCUGAUUUACAGCUAUUCGAGUACUGUUCCCUCGGUUUGUACGUGUUUGGGAUCUGCGUCUUUAUUACGAAUAUCAAGACAGGAAUCGAAUGCUCCAUUACUCGUAACUGGGGCGAAGUUACGGAGAACCAAGGUUUGGCUGUGAUCGCUUCUUCCAACAUCAUUCUUUUGCUACUGUUCACGGGUGUUAUCGUGUUGCAAGCAGGUCUGUGGUAUACCAGGUGGGAACAUGAGCAAAGGUUGCAGAAGUUCUACGCCGAGGAAGCCGCUGCACAGACUCAUAACGCUACCGAGAAGCAAAACAAGAAGCAGGACAAGAAGAAAGAUUGA